GCGCGGCCUUCCCUUUGGUCGCACGCCCAGAGCGGGCAAGUGGGGGCCGCCGUUCCCCCGGACCCCUGGGGCAGGACUCUUAUACCCUCGUUCUCGCCUCCCCUGGGAUCCGCGCGCGGGCUGGCUCUGGAGGGCAGACCCCGGGGCCGCGCGCCCCCCGGCGUGGGAGCGGGUGGGAGCGGCGGGCGCCGGGGGCGGGGCCCGUGGAGGUCGGCGGUGUCCUUGCGGCGCGGCCCGGGGUGCGCGUGUGUGUACGCCGGGCGUUCGGCGCGGCCACUCGGUCUCUGAGGUGUGGUCCGCGGGCAGAGCUCACCAUGUUGUCCCGGGCAGCGCGCAGCGCGAGCAGGACGCUGGUGCCGGCGCUGGGGUCGCUGGGUUCCAGGCAGAAGCACAGCCUCCCCGACCUGCCGUACGAUUAUGGCGCCCUGGAGCCUCACAUCAGCGCCCAGAUCAUGCAGCUGCACCACAGCAAGCACCACGCGACCUACGUGAACAACCUGAACGCCGUCGAGGAGAAGUAUCUGGAGGCGCUGGAGAAGGGUGACGUUACAACUCAGGUAGCUCUUCAGCCUGGGCUCAAGUUCAAUGGUGGAGGCCAUAUCAAUCAUUCCAUCUUCUGGACCAACCUGAGCCCUAAGGGUGGUGGAGAACCCAAAGGAGAAUUGCUGGAAGCCAUCAAACGUGAUUUUGGUUCCUUCGACAAAUUUAAGGAGAAGUUGACCGCCGUGUCUGUUGGCGUCCAAGGCUCAGGUUGGGGUUGGCUUGGUUUCAAUAAGGAACAGGGACGCUUGCAGAUUGCUGCUUGUUCUAACCAGGAUCCAUUGCAAGGAACAACAGGUCUUAUUCCACUGCUGGGGAUCGAUGUGUGGGAGCAUGCUUACUACCUUCAGUAUAAAAAUGUCAGACCGGAUUACCUAAAGGCUAUUUGGAAUGUAAUCAACUGGGAGAAUGUAACAGAGAGAUACAUGGCUUGCAAAAAGUAAAACAUGAUCAUUACAUUGAGCAAAAUAAGCUUCUCACGACUAUUUUUGUAGUAGUGCAGAGUACCGUAGUAUGCCAGUAAGCUGCUCUUUUGUAGCAUUUCUUAAUGUAGCUUGUUCAAGCAUUUGAUGAACAUGAUUUAAUGCUAUGAAUUUCUUGUUUUCAAAUUUUGUUAUUGGGCAACU